UUAGUUUAAAUAAUUAAUGGAAUCAAGUUCAGAUUUGCCAACAUGGGACGGAAAAAUUCUGUCCUUAACAGCAGUUAGCCCUAUCAACAUUGCUCUGAUCAAGUAUUGGGGGAAAUGUGACGAAAUUGAGAUCAUCCCCAUUAACUCUUCACUCUCGAUCACCCUCAACUGAGAUGAUUUAUGCAGUACAACCACUGUCUCACUUGGUGAGAGCUACGAGGAGAGUGAACUUAUUCUCAAUGGGAAGUCAGAAGGGUUCAGUGAUAGGAUCAAGAGGAUGCUUAGCUUCCUCACAGACUCUAUCCCAGCAGAAGGAGCAAAGGCAUGGGAUACAGUCAAAGGAGAAGAAAUCACAAUUCCUAAGGAAGAUCUACUAAAGAUGAAGGUCCACGUAGAGUCUACUAACAACUUCCCAACAGCUAGUGGGGUUGCAUCCAGCUCUUCAGGGCUUUCUUGUCUUGCUCUGUGUCUCAACAAAGUUUAUGGAUGCGAAAUGGAUUUAGGAGAGUGCUCUAGGCUAGCUCGUCUUGGGUCAGGCAGUGCUUGUAGAAGUCUCUUUGGAGGGUUUGUCAUCUGGGAUAAAGGAUUUGAUCUCACUAACUUUGAAGAUAUCAGAAAUAUCACACCAGAGCAGGUUCUCGAAGCUAGUAAAAACUCUAAAGCAAUUCAGGUUAAGGACGAGUCUCACUGGGAUGAGAUUGCCCUUGUUAUUUGAGUAGCUACUUCUGAGAAAAAGAAAAUUGCGUCAACAAAGGGAAUGAAAGAUUCAGUUGAUACUUCUGAAUUCCUUGCAUACAGAGCUACAAACAUUGUUCCAAAGAGAUUAGAGAAUAUUACCAAAGCCAUCGAGGAUAAGGACUGGAAUACCUUUACUGAGAUCAUCAUCAAGGAGAGUAACUCCCUGCAUGCAUCUUGCUUAGAUACAUAUCCACCAAUUUUCUACAUGAAUGAGACGACAAAGAACCUUGCCUCCUUGACUCAUGACAUAAACCAGAACUUUUAUGAACCAGUUGCGGCUUAUACCGUAGAUGCAGGAGCAAAUUGCUUCCUCAUUACCAAAAAGAAGCAUCUGAACUACCUCAUCGACCUUGUCAGUGAUGUUGCUGGUCUUGAUGACUCAAAAAUAAAGUUCAAUUUCAAAGACGAAAUCGAGACAGAGCACAAUCAAAUCGACGGGGAUCUAAUCAGCAAAACUCUUGACCCAUACAGAGGCAAGAUCGAGCUUCAACAGUUGAUAGUCACGAGGGUGGGAAAAGGAUGUCAUUUCGUUGCCCAAUAAGCCAUGAAUGGUUAUAAACAUGCUAAACUCACCUUUCAAUCUG